AAAUCUAAAUACUCCGAGAUGCAGUUGUUGGCUGUGAUUCUAGUGCUAAUCCUGGCCAGUUUGGCUCACUGUCGACCCACAUUCGAUAAAAUCGCGCAGGUCCUUUUGGAGGCGUUGGAUGAUCAGCCGACCUAUUAUUCACCAGGAAGGCCACUGCCAGAAGGAGGUUACCCACGUCCGUAUCCUGGACCAGGUCCACUUAUCCAAGAGGGUUACGAACAGGGCUACGACUAUCAUUAUGGAGGAGGCCAUGCCUAUGGGGGCUACCAGCAGACACAUCCAGCUGGCUAUGGAUACUAUCCACCACCUCGUCCAGUGCAUCCGCCCACCGCCUACUAUCCACCUCCGCAACAACAUGGUUCUUACUCCCAGUCCGCUGUUCCUUCCACUGCCUACUAUCCCCACAAGACGCCGGAUCCUUAUGGAGGCGGUUACAAGCAGCGGGGUUACUAGCGUUCAUCUGUCAAAUCCCCCGUUUCCAUCCAAUUAUCUGUUGUUUGUUUAAAUUUAUUUAUUAAAGUUUCGUGAUUUUCAACAACGA